AUGGUUAAAUCAUACUUAAAGUACGAGCAUGCCAAAGCGUUUGGUGUGGUCGCAUCGAACAGCUCGAAUCUUGUCUGGAUAGCGAACGAUCGCAACAGCACUGGCGUUGGGCAGGCUGUCGUCGCGGCAAACGAAGAGGUACUCUGCUGGGAUAUCAAGAAGGGUGAACUGCUGAGCCGUUGGCGGGAUGACACGUGCACUGUUCCUGUUACCUGCAUUGCGCAGAGCCGGACGGACAAGGACGUUUUUGCUGUCGGCUAUGAGGACGGUAGCAUUCGCCUCUGGGACAGUAAAAUCUCUACUGUUAUUGUAAGCUUCAACGGCCACAAAUCAGCCAUCACACAACUCGACUUUGACCGAUCUGGAAUUCGACUUGCGAGCGGAUCGAAAGACACCGAUAUUAUCAUAUGGGAUCUGGUUGCCGAAGUUGGCCAAUUCAAGCUGAGAGGGCACAAAGACCAAGUUACCGGUUUGCGAUUCAUCGAACCAAUUGCCGAGGUACAGGAUGAGGAUGGAUCUCGCGCAAUGGUGUUCGAUGGAGAAAAGAGCUCUGAUGGCUUUAUUCUGUCUACUGGGAAAGACUCGUUACUCAAACUCUGGGAUCUCUCUUCUCGGCAUUGUAUCGAAACCCACAUAUCGCAAACUAAUGGCGAAUGUUGGGCGCUCGGGGUCUCUCCAAGCUCAGAAGCAUGCAUCACAGCCGGAAACGAUGGCGAGAUGAAGGUCUGGUCGCUCGAUGUGGACGGCCUAGCUGCCAGUGUUGGCCGAGUCGAUGUGGCUACUACAAAACAUCUUAUCGACCGUGGUACGCUGCACCGUCAGAACAAGGACCGCGCCUUGGAAGUCGAGUUUCACCCCAAGAAGGACUAUUUCGCUGUUCACGGCUCGGAGAAAGCUGUGGAGAUUUGGCGCAUGAGAACGGAAGCCGAAGUCAAGAAAGGCCUUUUGCGGAAACGACGCAGGCGUCGUGAAAAGCAAAAGGAUCCUAAGCAGAAUGAACAGGAAGCUGAAGAAGACGAAGGGUCUGUGGAUGUUGCAUCAGCAGAUGUCGGCGACGUGUUUGUUCAAUAUGUUGUGGUGCGGACAGGAGGAAAGCUGCGCUCCGCCGCAUGGGCUUUACCGAGUGGACAAAAAGAUCUCCAUAUUCUCGUCGGUACCACGAACAAUCAGCUGGAGUACUUCAAUGUGCCUUCAAAGCAAAAGAGCGAAAAGAAGACGAAACAAGAUAUCCCUGAUUAUACGCGAGCCCUUUCCGUCGAUCUUCCCGGUCAUCGGGCUGAUAUCAGAGCUCUCUCACUCAGCUCCGAUGAUAAGAUGCUGGCAACGGCUGCCAAUGGAUCUCUCAAAAUAUGGAACGUCAAAACACAAGCCUGCAUUCGAACCUUUGAAUGUGGAUAUGCUCUGAGCUGCGCGUUUCUGCCAGGAGACAAAGUCGUUGUUGUUGGAACCAAGAGCGGUGAGCUGCAGCUCUUUGACGUUGCUUCGGCUGCUCUUCUCGAUAGUGUUGAUGCUCACGAGGGCGCCAUCUGGUCAUUGAGCGUUCACCCAGAUGGUCGUUCUGUGGUAUCUGGCAGUGCCGACAAGUCAGCCAAGUUCUGGGACUUUCGCAUAGUCCAAGAAGAGGUUCUCGGUACCAAGAGGACGACUCCCAAACUGAAGCUUGUGCAUUCGAAAACGCUCAAGGUUUCGGACGAUAUUCUCUGCCUGAAGUUCUCUCCAGAUUCGAAAUAUAUUGCUGCCGCUCUUCUUGACAAUACUGUCAAGGUCUUCUUCGUCGACUCCCUCAAAUUAUACCUCAACCUUUACGGCCAUAAGCUGCCCGUGCUUAGCAUGGAUAUCUCGUAUGAUAGCAAGCUGAUUGUCACAAGUUCAGCUGAUAAGAACAUUCGCAUCUGGGGUCUGGACUUUGGUGACUGUCACAAGGCAUUGUUUGGUCAUCAGGACAGUAUUCUGCAGGUUGCAUUUGUUCCCCACAACUCAGAUAGCAACGGCCAUCACUUCUUCAGCAGCAGUAAAGAUCGCACGAUUCGCUACUGGGAUGGCGACAAGUUUGAACAGAUUCAGCGUCUCGAUGGCCACCACGGCGAGGUCUGGGCCAUGGCUGUAGCACACCGCGGCAACUUUCUUGUCAGUGCGGGUCACGAUAAAAGCAUCCGCGUUUGGGACGAAACGGACGAGCAAAUCUUCCUGGAAGAGGAGCGCGAAAGGGAGAUUGAGGAGUUGUACGAAAGCACGCUGACGACAUCGCUCGAGCGCGACGGGGACGCUGCCGACGCUGCCGACGAGUUUGGUGCUGCCAGCAAGCAGACGACGGAGACAUUGAUGGCUGGAGAGCGAAUAGCCGAGGCGCUGGACCUAGGUAUGGCUGACCUGAACCUCAUGAAGGAGUAUGAGCAAGCAAAAGAGAGCAACCCCAACGCCGCCGCCCCUCAACGCCACAUAGUCUUCAUGGCCCUCGGCAACAUCACAGCGGAGGCGUACGUCAUGUCGGUGCUGCAAAAAAUCAAGGCCGCCGCCCUGCACGAUGCCCUGCUGGUGCUGCCGUUUGCGUCGGUGCCGAUGCUCUUUACGUUUCUCAACCUAUUCGCGGUGCGGUCGAUGAACAUUCCCCUCACGUGCCGCAUUCUCUUCUUCAUGCUCAAGACGCACCACAAGCAGAUUGUGGCGAGCCGCGCCAUGAAGGCCAUGCUCGACGGCAUCCGCGCCAACUUGCGCGCGACGCUUAAGAAGCAAAAGGACGAGAUGGGAUUCAACCUGGCUGCUCUCAAGGUGGUGGGCAUGCAGAUCCGCGAGAGCAGCGUCAAGGACUACGUGGAUGAUACGUGGGAGGAGGAGAACCAUGAGAGAAGCGCCAAGAAGCGCGGAUUUGUACAUGUAGCAUGA